UUGAAAAACCUUCGAUAAAACGUGCAAACCCAUCAUCACAUCUCCGACCAAUUACCAAAACCGCCGCCGCCGCGAUGAAGCCGGCGGAGCCGCCGGACUCGGGAUGGCUAAUCAACACCGGAAAUAUCGCCGGAUUCGCCUACGGGAUCGGAGUCUCCAUCGGAAUCCUCCUCCUCAUCACCACGAUCUCCCUCGCUUCUUACUACUGCACCCGCAACCACCUUUCCGCCUCUCCGAUGACCACGCCGAGGAGCCGCAGACGGCGACAGACCAACCAGAUGUCUCCACGUGGCGUCAUCAUAGCCGUCGAACAACCCUCCGAUGACCAGCAGCCUCCUGAUGUUCUAACGGUGGUGUCGGGUUUAGACGAAGAGACGAUUAAGAGCUUGCCCAGGAUUCCGUACGAGGAGGCGAGGGAGAGUUACGGUCGGAAACGGGAAGCGAGUACGACGUCGUGUUGCUCGAUAUGUCUUGCGGAUUACAACGACAGAGACAUGAUUAGGGUUUUACCCGACUGUAAUCAUAUCUUUCACGACAAGUGUGUCGACCCUUGGCUAUUUCUGAGCUCCACGUGUCCUGUCUGCCGGACUUCUCCGUAUCCGUCGCCGUCACCGUCUCCGGUCGCAGGAGUUAUUCCUCGUGGUUGACGUACGGAGCCCCGAAGUAACCGAGGAGUGAGAUAUAACUUCUUUUCUCUUCCUGUUCUUAUUAUUUACAUUUACAUUUUUUUUCCUGAAAGGUAUAAAGUUUUACUUAUUUAUUUUUUCACCAAAGGAAUUUACACUGAAGAAUUGUAUUAAAACGUGGGGAAAGCGUUAUAUUGUUGUAAUAACAUGUAACUAAAG